GGGCGCCUUUCCCGCGGCGCCCAAGGAUGCUGCCCUGACACCGGCAUCCCCCGGCAGGUGACCCCGCGGUCCCGACCAUGGCUGCGUCCCCCGGAGGGAUCCCUGCCGAGCUGCAAGAGGGCAUCACCACCUUCCUGGGGACAAAGAAGGUGCUCCUGGUGCUGAGUGUCCAGCUGCAGGUGAAGUCCAAGUAUGACGACUUCAUCUUGGUGCUGACGCCCUGGCGAGCGUAUGUGCUGCCGGUGAUGCUGCCGGUGAGGGUUCACAGCAGCUUCAGCUUCCUGGAGGUGAGGGAGAUGACAGUCCAAGAGCCCAGUGUGGUUGUCAUAGAAACAGAUGCAGCAUCUUACGCCUUCCGGUUCAUGUCCUUGGAUGAUUUGGAGCAAGUUGUUAUCCAUGUCACCAUGUCACUUAAGAAGGUCUUUCCAGACUCAUCCCUUGGGACACUGCUCAAGAAUUCCCCCCCCAGCCUGUAUGAGAGGAUCCAGCAGAUCCUGGACUCUCUGGAGGAAAUGCUGCAGAGCAGCCCUGGGCCCUGUGGGGGGUUUUCGGAGACCUACGCUGCUCUGUGUGACUACAACGGCUUUGCCUUCCGUGAGGAGAUCCAGUGGGACGUGGACAACAUUUACCACAGCCAGGACUGCCGGGAGUUCAACCUGCUGGACUUCAGCCACCUGGAGAGCCGAGAUGUGGCGCUGAGCGUCGCUGCCUUGUCCUUCAACCUGUGGUUCACCAAGCUCUCCUGCAAGGACUUCAAGCUGAAUCAGGAGAUUUCAGAGCAGCUGCUCUACAUGCUCAGCAAAUCGGUGACGCUGGAGGAGCUGGUGCUGGAGAACAGCGGGUUGAAAGCUGACUUUGUGCAGAGGAUGGCCCAGGCACUCAGCAGCCAUCCUGACUCUGUCCUGCACACCAUCAACCUCUCUGGCAACCAGCUGGAAGACAGAGGAAUUGCUGCCUUCAGCCGGCACCUGGAGAAGAGUUCCAAGGGUCUGCAGAGUCUCAGCUUGGCCAGGACAAUGCUCACAGCCAAAGGGAUGAGCACACUGUGCAAGGCCCUUGCAGAUAACAAAGCCAUUGGAUUCUCCCUCCGGCACCUGGACCUUUCUGGAAACCCCAGCACCCUGGCUGGGGAUGACAUCAGUAACCUGCAGAGCCUCCUCCGCCAGUGCCACUCUCUGUCCCACCUCAGCCUGGCUGGCACGGACUGCCCUUUGGAUGCUCUCUUUGGAGCCCUGGUCCACGGGUGCCACAACAGCCUCAUCCACCUGGAUCUCUCCAAAAACGUGUACUCCCACAGGAGGGUGAAAACCAUCUCCCCUGACGUCAAGGAGUUUUUCAACCAGGCCUGUGCCCUCAGGCACGUCUCCCUGGCAGGUACCAAGCUGCCUGCAGAUGUCGUGAGGGCGUUGCUGCAAGGGCUGGCAGACAACAGCCACAUCAGUGAUCUGCACCUGGAUCUUAGCAGCUGUGAGCUGAGAUCAGCAGGGGCCCAGGUUAUCCAGGAUCUCAUCCCUGAUGCCAGCUCCAUCAGCAGCCUGGACUUGUCUGACAAUGGCUUUGACCCUGACAUGGUGACACUGGUGCUCUCCAUUGGCAGAAGCAAGUCCGUUAGGCACGUCUCUCUGGGGAAGAACUUCAACAUCAAAUCCAAGGAAGGACUGUUGGAUGUCCUGCACCGCAUCGUCCAGCUCACCCAGGAGGAGGACUGUCCUCUCCAGUCUCUGUCCGUGGCUGAAUCGCGCCUCAAACUGGGAACCAACGUGCUGCUGAGCGCCCUGGGCAGCAACACCAGCCUCACCGCUCUGGACAUCAGCGGCAACGCCAUGGGGGACACGGGGGCCAAGAUGCUCGCCAAGGCCCUGCAGAUCAACACCAAGCUCAGGACUGUGGUUUGGGACAGGAACAACACAACUGCCCAUGGGCUCCUGGAGGUGGCUCAAGCUUUGGAGAGGAACUACACCCUCAAGUCGAUGCCGCUGCCGAUGAGCGACGUGGCUCAGGCGUAUCGCAGCAACCCUGAGAGGACGGAGCAGGCCGUGCACAAGGUGAGGGGAUGUGGGCUGAGGGGUGCAGGGCUGGGUGCCACCCACACUGCUCAUGGCCCCUUGCCUCUGCAGCUCCAGUCCUGCCUGACCAGGAACCAGCUGCGGCAGACGCUGCCGGCCCAGACCUUCCGGCUGCAGCAGGGCAUCCUCACCACCUCUUCUGAACAGAUGGUGAAUGAGAUCUGCCUGAGUGUGCAGAAGCACGUCGACAUCCUCAGCACCUGCCCGGGCAGGGAGGUGCAGGCGGACGUCCUCUGUGCGGAGGAGGCCAUCAGGAAUGCCAACCUCUCCGUCAGCAUCCUACCCCUCCUGUAUGAGGCAGGAAACACCCCAUACCAGAAUGGCAAGCUGCAGCACAAGCUGGAGUGUCUCACGGAGGAAGCAUCGCAGACUUGCAGCUGGGAAAUCCAGGCGAUCAUGCAGGCGGUGCUGGACACGGCGCACAGCCUGUGCCCAGACGUGGUGCAGAAGAGCGGGGUCAGGGAUCAGCUGGUCAAUGCCAUGUCAGAGCGGAUCUGCCUCCAGGACCACCUCAGCCUCAGUGCCGUCCUGGACCAGAUGGUCACCGAUGUCUUCAGCAAGCUGAAUGAAAUCAAGCUGUCCAUCACAGCUGCUGCGGCCGACUGCAUCGUGGAUGCUGUGCUGGGAGACCUGACCAUCGCCCAGUGCAAACUGGCAGAGAGCCUCUCCAAGCAGGGGCUCGACCUCCUGGUGCUGCUGCCGGAGUCGGCUGAGGACGAUGCCACCGCGCUGGCGAGGGGCAAGAAUCCUCUGGACCUCGCCGCAGAGGAGUACAAGAUGGCCCUGCGGAGGAAAAACAAACACUUCAGGAGCAUUCGGCCCACGUCAAGUGUGAGAAGUGUGUCGGAGCUGGAGCCGGCGGCGGGUCGAGACGCCAGCGGGCUCCGAGCUCACCGGGCGCCGCCGUCACUCAGCCCCGCCGCGCCGCCGGCACGCCCUGCCUCCACAAAGGAUGCUGAGCCUGCGAGCGGCUCGCUCCCCGCCACGCAGCCCGCCACCGCCACCGGAUUCCUUAUGGACCUGCCGACCGUCGGCGAGAAGCUGGAGCAUUGCACCAAAGCCAGGCCCCGGCCCAACCGCCGGCACAAGCAGCCGCCCAGCAAGCCCAAUGUGCAGCCCGUGGCCUGUGAGAACAGCGAGGACAGGAGCAUCACCCGCGUGGACGAGGGGCUGGAGGACUUCUUUGCCAAGAGGCUCAUCACAGAAGCACUGCCCCCUGCAGCUCCAGAGACCUGCCCAGGAUCAGCCCCUCUGGCUCCCUCCGGCUCCCGCACCCUCAAGAAGAAAAUCGGGAAUUUUUUUGCCUUCAAGAAACCCAAAUCCAGGCAGGGCUCGAGGUGUGAGAAGGAGCCCGAGGGUGGUCCCGCUGCCCCCAGGAGCAGGCGCUCAAUGCUCAGUGACAUUUUACGAGCCCCCAGCAAGGCGGGCGAGGCGGGGAAGCCACUGAGUAAAUCGGAGGAGGGGGGACUCGCUGCUGAGCCCCAGGGAGAGCCUGAGCACUGCCAGACCCCCGACUCUGCCCGAAGGAUCCGGCCCAAGUACUCUCGGGAGGGCAAAUCCCAGUCACUCAUCUUGCUGUCCGGGGAGGACGAGGAUGCGCUGGGGGUCAGGCAUGACAAGAAGAGGCACCUGGAGAAGAGCGAGGGGGAGCUGUCCAGCUCCUUCGAGCAGCGUGUGCAGGUCAUGCUCCACCGCAUCGGCGUCACCAAGGGCCCGGCUGCUGAGAGCAAGAAGCUGCAGAACAAAGACAGCGAGAUCAAGAAAGCCGGCUCAGAUGGGGAUAUUGUGGACAGCUCUGCGGACUCCCCCCCAUCUCUGAAGGCCCGCACACACUCUGUGUCCACAGACGCACCCUUCCGCAGCCCGGCCGCUGUGAUGGAGCCCAGUGCCGAGCCCCGGCCAGCCUGGAAAGCCCUGGGGAGGCAGCUGCCUGCUGAGCCACUGGGCACCAGCUCCGACCAGCCCCGGCGCUCCUUCAUCCUGUCUGAGCCCAGUGGGCUGCUGGAGCCCGGGGGCCGGGAGGGCUGGAGCAGCAGCCUCCCACGGCUGGGCAGGAACGUGCCGGCGGCGCUGCCGCGGAGGGUCAGCCAUGGUGGGGAGGUGGGUGCUGGCAGCCCCCUGCCCACCCCGCCCGCACCGCCCGACACCGAAGACAACCGGCUGAUGGCACGGCUGGCAGCGCCACGGGGGACCGGCCGCCGAGCUCUGUCCGUCCAUGAGGAGCAGCUCAGGGAGCCCGAGUGCCCAGCAGAGCUGGGAAUGGGCACCGUUCCCCUGCGCCUGCGGCGGUCGCCUGUGCUCAGGCACAGGACCAAGCACGAGUCCCUCUCAGAGAUGGAGGGUGAGCCCGGACCGUCCUUGGAUGCUGAAGGUGCCACGCCGCAGGACUGGCCCCGUGCCGGGCUGGAGGAGCCGCAGACUGGCACAGGCACUGAUGGCGAGCGGCCGCAAGCCCUGGCACAAACUGUUGGGAAUGCACAAGACUCAGCUGCCGUAGACCAAAGACGCCCGGUGCCGGGCCGGGAGGAGCCGGCCCUGGGACAGUGAAGCCCCUGCAUGUCACCACACUGUUCCCAAUAAAACCCUGCAAGCAAGUGCACGGUGCCAGGGUGCUUGGCAGCUGGGGUGCGGAGAGACGGGGCACCAGGCUGGCGUGGAUGUGCCAACGAUGGCAUCGCCCAACUUGUGCCACGGGGACAAGCCAGGCCACCAGCAUCGCCCAGGAUGCCCAGGGACCGUGCCAGAGCCUGCAGGACGCAUCGAGCGGUGUCGCGGUGCCCGCUGUGGGCUGCAGGGGGGAGAGCCGGUGAUUUUUCGGCAGCCAGCUAUUUUUAGGAAGUGUUCCCAAGGCGCUUUCACCACUCCAGCUCCUCGCCCCAUGGGGUGCCGCUCUCUCCAGCCCCCGCAAGACGCAGGCUUCCAUCGGCAGGACCACGACCCCCAGCAUUCCAGCACGCAGCUCCAGCCCCGCAGAUCCCUGACGGCACCAGCGCGAUCCCAACACCCCAGUGGCUUUCUCCUGUGUUGCCCUUCGCUCCGGACCAAACGCGUUCCUUACACAGAUGUUUACGACAAAGCAAGAUGCUUGUUUUGGUUUGGUUUUAUUUCUUCUUCUUCUUUUUUUUUUUUUUUUUUUUUUAAUACAAGAGCUGUGUAUUUAAAAAAUAUACAAUUUUUAUUUUUAAUUUCUACAGCAUAACCCUGCGGGAUAUUUUUUGUAACAAACGGUGCAGGACCCUACCCAAACUAAUCAAUAAAACAUCCAAACUCCUGGGGCACCUUCGGA